AUGUCUGAAGACAACGUGAUAACGAUUUGUGAGGACAUCAGUACGCUAAGUGAAUGUGCUUUAAGGUCGUUGUCGAAUCUAGCAACAUCUUUUUUCUACCAUAAGAAUGAAAGGCGAUGCAUACUGAUUAAGAAUUCGAACUUUUCACAUGGCGACUACAUACCAGGAUAUCAUCAAUAUAUUUCGGAUGGUAAAGAGAAAAGUCCAAAACGUUGUUAUUAUAAAUUACUGGAUAAAAGUGAAAGUUACUUCACUGAGGCAAAGCGGAAAUGUGAAAUCCAAGGAGGAUAUGUACUAAAAAUAAACUCGGAACAGGAAGCAGACUUUGUGAAGGAAACGUUUCAAGGUUUCACAAUACUGCUCGGAGUCGAGAUACAAAAUAUCACUUACCCGAGGAGACAACAAAGUGAUUUACAUAGCAUUUCUUUCUAA